AUGACCACGGCGCGUCGCGGCAACUCGCCGCAACAAGGCAAUCGGUUGAAAAAUCAGGGUGGAGCUCCCGGCAUAACUCAUUGCGCCGGUGGAUUGCCGCGUCUACCAUGGUAUGGCCUUUUCCUCAUCUUCCUAUACCGUCUGCUGCUCUGCUUGGGCACCAAAACUGCAGAGUCGCCAGACGAGUGGUGGCAGAGCACAGAGAUCGCCUACUAUAUUGUAUUUGGGAAAGGGCAUCUCUCGUGGGAGUGGCACGCCGGCUUGCGUCCCGUAAUAUUUCCGGGCAUGUUGGCCGUUCCUUUCUUUUUGUUGAAGAUACUGGGUCUUGACUCAACUUGGGCAGUGUGGUUUAUCGCGCGUUUUGUGCAAGCAUUUGUCGUGACAGCCAUCGAUUUUUUUGUCUUUCGUUUGGGAGCACUGCUGGAUGUGGAAUUGCGAAAAGCAACAAAAAAUAAACAGCGUACACCAGAUUUGCCCAAUCCAAUUGUGCACGUCUCAAUGCAGGGGCUGACGGAGGGGAGAAAGUUGGGUAGGUCCGUUGCGUACUUCGCCUUGUUACUCUCUUUGAGCAACUGGUAUAUGGCGUUUGUUGGAGUUCGUGUUUAUGGCAACGUGCUGGAAGCCUUACUGGCGCUCAUGGCGGUACAAGCAACAAAUUAUGUGGGAUUUCUUUUACUGAGUGGAUUGGCAUGUGCCAUUCGCGCUACCUCUGGCAUUGUUCUCUUUCCACUCUUAUUUAUCCAUGCAUUCUGGGCCGUGCGGGAAGGAGGGUUACGUAGGGGUCUGAUGCAUAUUACCUUCCGUGGGCUUUUGAUCUUCAUGCUUGUAUUUGGUGCUCUUGUGCUGUGUGACAGCUUGUUCUAUGGGCGCCUGAUCAUUACGCCUAUUGUUUUUCUACGCUUCAAUGUGCUGCAGAACGCCAGCCGCUUUUUUGGGGAGCAUCCAUGGUAUUUCUAUUUAUUUCCCUCCCUCCCCGGCCUACUGGGGCCACAUUUUAUCUUUACACUCUUCGCACCCCUUGUGUUGUACCUUGACAAAACGAGUAGGGCGGUGAAAUGGCACAUAUUUGGUUUGUUUUGUGUUAUUGUGUGGCCUAUAUUUUGUUAUUCCUUAAUUUCUCACAAGGAGAACCGUUUUAUUUUGCCUGUAAUGCCAUUUUUUUUUGUGGUGACCGCCUUCGUUUUGGCACGGUGGUACGAUAAGUCACGCGCUGUGCGCGGUCUUCAUCGCGCCUUUAUUGUGGUUAACGUUACUUUGGCCCUCGUGGGGGGCUUCGUGCACCGCAGAGGCGCGCUGGACGCGAUGUCAGAUUUGCGUUCUGGGCCGAGGGUUGACCGUGUCGACAUCGUUGCACCCUGCUACACGACCCCCGGGUACAGCUUUGUGCACGGUAAGGUGAAUCACCUGGGCCUCAUUGACUGCCCUGUGCACCUCAAUGCCGAGACGGGGCUGCCAGAGCUCACCGAGGACAGCGUGUUCCGCCGGCACCCGAAAGACUACGUGUUAUGGAAGUAUGACGGGACACACACGUUUAACGUAAGUUAUCCCGAGCAAAGACGCAAGGCUGAUGAAUUGCGGCGAGUAGUUUCGCCCAGGUCAGCACCGUACCCGGACGUCAUCGUGGCGUUUCGCGACACCGCCAAAAAAAUACGGUGGUGCUUCUUGGAAAAGCACGGGUACAAACUCUACAGGUCGUUUUUCCACACGCCCUUGUCACUCGAACCCUGUGAAGACGUGUAUUUAGAAAUGUGGGUUCGAAAAAUUGUGAAAAAUGGUUGA